UCUCACACACGCACAGACAGAGCUUGACGGAGGCCGCCGCGCGCGCCCUUUAUUGGAUCCUAUCGGACCCGGAUUAAUGAAUCAGCUCCCGGACCGGGUUUUAGCCCGGAGGCUCAGAUAGAUGAAGAGGCCAUGGAGAGCCGACACAUGUGCACUCUGACCCUGCUGCUGGUGUCGGUGUGUCCGCUCUGCUGCAGAGCCACCUGGAUGUGGCUGGGCGUGGGUCCUGGUUCUAUCCCGGGUCCUGGUUCUGACCCGGGUUCUGGUUCUGGCUCUGUCCCAGAGAGCCGUGUGUGUGCAGACCUCCCUCUGAGUCCCCGGCAGCGGGACAUCUGCAGGAAGAAGCCGUUCCUGCUGCCCAGCGUGCGGGACGGCGCGCGGCUCGCCAUCGCUGAGUGUCAGAACCAGUUCAGACACGAGCGCUGGAACUGCUCCAUCGGCACCGGUACCGACCCGGCCCGGUUCACACAGCAGCUGGCCGCCGGAACCAAAGAAACGGCGUUCAUCUACGCGGUGAUGGCGGCCGGGCUGGUCCACGCCGUGACGCGCGCCUGUAGCCACGGCAACAUGACGGAGUGCGGCUGCGACACGCGCCCACGGAGCGGCAGCUCGCCACCGGCGGAGGAGGACGGCUGGCACUGGGGCGGCUGCUCGGACCACAUCCAGUACGGGGUCUGGUUCAGCCGCAGGUUCAUCGACGGCGCCGGCAGGAACGCGUCGGCCGCCGGCGGAGGGUACACGCCGAGCGGUGCCAACCGGCACAACAGCGAGGCUGGACGGCAGGCGAUCGUGAAGACGAUGUUGACCCACUGCCGUUGCCACGGCGUCUCCGGGUCCUGCGCGGUGAAGACGUGCUGGAAGUCGGCGGCUCCGUUCGAGCGUGUCGGCGCGUACCUGAAGCAGCGCUACGAGCGGAGCGUGCAGGUGUGGGACCGCUCCAAGAUGAAGCCGCCGCGCCGAAAGGAGCCGCGACUCCCAGCCGCCGCGCACCAGCUCGUCUUCUUCAACAAGUCUCCCAACUACUGCGUGGCCGACCGGCGCCGCGGCGUGCUCGGGACCACCGGGCGGCGCUGCAGCCGGACCUCCACGGGCCCGGACAGCUGCGUGCUGCUGUGCUGCGGCCGCGGCUACAACACGCACCUGGUCCGCCACGUGCAGCGCUGCGAGUGCAAGUUCGUCUGGUGCUGCUACGUCCGCUGCCGGCGCUGCGAGAGCAUGAACGACAUGCACACCUGUAAAUAAAACACCUGGACAGAAAGACUCUACACACCUGGACACACACACACACACACACACACACACACACA